AUGUACUCCAAAUUCUGGCCCAAGGGUGGUGUGCCUGGGAUUCUGCAUCAUUACACGGAAAGCCUGGUUACGUUCGAAUACACUUCCAAUGCCAUUCCUCAACCGCACAGUCUCGUAUUUCUCGGUGGACUAGGCGACGGUCUCGCGACCACAUCCUAUAUGGCCGAUCUUGUCCAGGCCCUGAAGAAAACGGAAUGGUCGCUCUUCUCGCUGAACCUCACAUCUUCUUAUCAAUCAUGGGGGCUCGGACACCUUGACCGGGACACCAAUGAGAUCGCACAAUGUCUCAACUAUAUCAAAGACUAUAAGACCGAGAAAUAUGGCACCGGCAAAAUCGUCCUCAUGGGUCACUCGACUGGCAGUCAGUGUGUACUACACUACCUCUCCCGGCCGAACCCCCACACCAGUGCUUUGGCAUUUGAUUCGGGCCUUGAACACAUAAAGCGCAUGCCGCUCGAUGGAGCUAUCAUGCAAGCCCCCGUCUCCGACCGCGAAGCUAUCUUCUGGGUCCUGACGCACGGCAUUGGAGGCAAAUCGCCCGGCGAGAUUCGGGUGGUAUAUGACAAGAUGGAGGCGAUAGCGAAGGAGGCUGCGAAGAUUGAUAGCACAUAUGACACCAUGCUGCCGUUGUCGCUUACCAGUAAUAUCUACCCCGGGAACACUGCGAUCAGCUGUCGCAGGUUCCUGAGUUUGAUCAGUCUGGACAGCCCCCACUCUCCAUCAGAAGAUGAUCUGUUUAGCUCUGAUAUUAGCGACGAGCAGCUGGGCAAGACCUUUGGCAUGAUCCAGCAGCAGCAGCUCUUGAGACACAAGUUGGCGGUUCUAUUCUCGGGGGCAGACCAGUCUGUCCCUGACUGGGUUGACAAGGAGAAUUUGCUGAAGAGGUGGAAGAAUGCCACCAACCGUGGCAGCGACACCGAAAUUUGGGACGAUGAGCACUCCGCGAUCAUCCCCAACGCCUCGCAUGCGCUGAGCAACGACGACCAAGCCGAGCCGCGGAAAUUCCUCGUUGAAAAGGUGAUGGGAUACCUCGGCGAUGUAUAG